UUUAGUGUGGUAACACCAAUAAGUGAGUGUUCUUUCGUCGUGUGCCGGUUUCCUCAGAUUUUCGGCUCCCAUAUUUAUCAUUACCUUGAAUUUAAGUUAGAACACUAAUACAAGAUGAAUACCGAACCGAUGUUACAACUUAUACAAAUAUUGGAAAAGACAAUAUCUCCCGAUCGAAAUGAGUUGGAAGCAGCAGAAAAAUACCUUGACCAUGCAGCGGCCACAAACUUCACAGCAUUUAUCAAGAUGCUGUCAGAUGUGCUGGCACAGGGUGGCAACAGUCAGGUGGCGCGCAUGGCGGCCGGCCUGCAGCUCAAGAACCACCUCACAUCCAAAGAUGCCUCACUCAAGCAACAGUACCAGCAGAGGUGGCUUGCCCUACCAGACGAAACUAGGCAAUAUAUUAAGAAAAAUAUCCUAUUAGCAACUGGCACUGAAGACACCCGGCCCAGUUCUGCGGCGCAGUGUCUUGCAUAUGUGGCGGUGGCUGAACUCCCGGUGGGCCAGUGGAAUGACCUCAUUCCUAACUUGGUGGAAAAUGUUGUUAAUGCUCAGUCUACUGAACUAAAGAAGGAAGCCACUCUAGAAGCCAUUGGUUACAUUUGCCAAGACAUUGAUGCUGAAGUGCUAACGGAGCAGAGUAACCACAUCCUAACAGCCAUUAUCCAUGGCAUGAGGUCCACGGAGCCCAGCAACCACGUGCGACUGGCCGCCACUCAGGCUCUGCUCAACUCGCUUGAGUUCACUAAGGCUAACUUUGAUAAGGAAAAUGAGAGAAACUUCAUUAUGGAGGUUGUAUGUGAGGCUACACAGUCAACUGAUAUGAGGAUAAGUGUAGCAGCGCUGCAGUGUUUAGUCAAAAUUCUAUCAUUAUACUACCAAUACAUGGAGCCAUACAUGGGCCAAGCACUGUUCCCCAUCACCCUGGAGGCGAUGAAGUCUGAUGUCGACGAUAUAUCACUGCAGGGCAUCGAGUUCUGGUCCAACGUCAGUGACGAGGAAAUAGACCUCGCCAUUGAGGAGGCUGAGGCUGCCGAUGCGGGUCGUCCUCCAGUACGAACCUCGAGGUUUUACGCGAGAGGUGCUCUACAGUACUUAGCACCGGUGCUAAUGCAAAAGCUCACCAAACAAGAUGACACUGAUGAUGAAUUGGAUUGGAACCCUUCUAAGGCCGCAUCGGUUUGCCUAAUGCUCCUGUCCAACUGCUGCGAAGACGAGAUCGUUCCACACGUCCUGCCUUUCAUCAAUUUAAAUAUCAAACAUGAAAAUUGGCGGUUCAGGGAAGCCGCCCUAAUGGCCUUCGGUUCUAUAUUAGGCGGUCUUGAAAUUAAUACUCUUAAACCUCUCGUCGAGAAGGCCAUGCCGACCCUCAUCGAGGCCAUGUACGACUCCAGCGUCGCCGUGCGGGACACGGCGGCGUGGACCUUCGGAAGGAUUUGCGAAAUCGUUCCAGAGGCAGCUAUCAAUGAAACUUAUCUCAAACCCUUGCUCGAGAGUCUCGUCAACGGACUAAAGGCUGAACCUCGUGUCGCGGCAAACGUUUGCUGGGCAUUCACGGGAUUAGCGGAGGCGGCGUACGAAGCCGCGGACUGUGGCGACUCCAACCAGCCUAAAACUUACUGUAUGUCAAAGUACUUCGACUUCAUCAUUGAACGUCUCUUGGAGACCACUGACCGCCAAGACGCCGCACAACACAACUUGAGGUCUGCCGCCUACGAGGCGCUCAUGGAGAUGGUCAAGAACUCUCCCUCGGAUUGCUAUAUCACCGUACAAAAGACGACGAUGGUUAUUUUGGAGCGACUGCAACAAGUCUUACAGAUGGAGAAUCAUAUUUCUAGCCAAGCGGAUCGCUCGCAAUUCAACGACUUGCAGAGCCUUCUGUGCGCGACCCUUCAGUCUGUUUUGCGUAAAGUGACCCCUGAAGAUGCGCCGCAAAUAUCUGACGCCAUCAUGACGGCGCUUCUCACUAUGUUCGCGAGCAACGCCGGCAAGGCUGGGGGCGUUCAAGAGGACGCUCUUAUGGCCGUAUCUACCCUAGUCGAGGUGCUAGGUGAAGGUUUCCUAAAAUACAUGGACGCCUUCAAAAGAUAUCUUUAUGUUGGACUUAAGAAUCACCAGGAAUACCAAGUUUGCAUAGCUGCUGUUGGAUUAACUGGAGAUAUUUGCAGAGUACUGAAAAGUAAGGCACUCCCCUACUGCGACGAGAUUAUCCUGCUGCUGCUGGAGAACCUCGGCGACCCGACCAUCCACCGCUCCGUGAAGCCGCAGAUCCUGUCCGUGUUUGGAGACAUCGCUCUGAGCAUUGGACCUGAUUUCGCCAAAUACUUCGAUGUCGUCAUGCAAAUGUUGCUGCAGGCCAGCAACGCGCAAGUGGACCGUAAUGACUUCGCCAUGGUGGAGUACUUGGGCGAGCUGCGCGAGAGCGUGCUGGAAGCGUACACCGGCAUCAUUCAGGGCCUGAAAGGAGCAGGCGGGGAGGUGCGCGCGGACGUGGCGCUGGUGGAGCCGCACGUGAACGCGAUCGUGAGCUUCAUGAUGGCGGUGGCGGUGGAGCCGGAGCGCACGGACGCGCACAUGUCGGCGGUGGCGGGGCUGGCGGGCGACCUGUGCGCGGCGUUCGGCGCGCGCGUGCUGCCCGUGCUGGAGCAGCGCCCGCUGCUGGACCUGCUGGCGGCCGCGCGCCGCUCGCGCACGUCGCGCACCAAGACGCUCGCCAACUGGGCCACCAAGGAGAUCCGCAAGCUCAAGCAGCAGGCGCCGCCCGCCAGCUGUUUGUCGACGUCGUAUGCCUACGGUGAAGUCUCCGCGAGUCCAGUGCGCGUAUAGUCGAUUUGAAAAAACGCUAUAUAAAAGCGACGUAAUGCAGUUUCAAACCACCUGCUGCUGGUAAACAACUCAAAUGUAUGUCAGGUUAUGUAUAGCGUCUUUGGUGUCAUUAUUCAUAAGUCGUUAGGUGCAUUCGAUUCCGGGCUUUUUUCUUCCGGUAUAAUUUCACUAGACUGUAUAUUAUUUUGGGGAAUUAAGUCUUAUAAGCUGAUUGUGUGCGCUCAAUACCUAAUAGUAAAGCAGUGCACUUUAAUGGAGUUAAAAAGGCCAUUUUCUCAGUUUAGUGGUCGUCUUCUUGGGCCUUGAAACCCA